AUGCCAUUUUACUUCUGGACUUGCAUGUGGUGCUCGUUCUUCACUAUCCUGGUGGCUGUCACUGACCUGUGCGCCUUGAUGAAGCACGUGACCAUGUUCAGCGAGGAUAUCUUUGCUGGCUUGAUCUCCCUUAUCUUCAUCAUCGAUGGAGUGAGGCCCAUCAUCGAGGACUUCACGGAGAACAAGAUGACGCUGACCAGUGCUAUGUUCGAGGCCCUCCUGUUCAUCUACACAUUCGGCCUAGCGACUUACCUUUCCCACUUCCGUCGAACGCCAUGGAUGCUCCGGCCGAUCCGAAACCUCAUGGCCAACUUUGCUGUGACCAUUUCCUUGGUGACGGCUUCUGCGCUGGCAGCCAUCUACUCAAGCGACACAAACUUGAGGAUGCUGAGCGUUGAUGCUGACUUCUCCCCGAACCGGGUCUUGUCAGAUGGAAGCAAGCGGCCUUGGAUUGUGAAUCCAGCAGGCAUCGAUCGCCCGUUCCCCGCUUGGGGCAUCGGGUACGCAGUGCUGCCUGCGAUCGGCUUUGCCGUGCUGGGCUACCUGGACCAGAACCUGACCUCCGUGAUUGUGAACCGGCCCUCGAACAAUCUUGCCAAGCCGCCAGGUGCUGACCAACACAUGGGAGGUCUUUGA